AUGGCGCAGCAAGAGGAAGACCACGAGGCCAUCGAGCCUACCUCUUCCCAGCACGACGGCCACGAACCACAGUCAAGCUCUGAUUCCUCUCCGGAAGAUACUUCUGCCCAAUCAAGGCGCCAUGGGGUGGUGUUUGACUAUAUCCGCCCUGAGGACCGCGCAGAACUUUCUCGCAUCGCGUCAAACUUCCCUCGGCACCGUGCCAGCGACUCUGGCAUAUCUGGAAUGACAAAUGUCGAACGCAAAGACACACUCGAAGAUGUCCAGCUAGGGGACCCAGUCCUCGAUCCUACAAGCGACCAGUUUGACCAUUACAAGUGGGCUCGCAUGAUGCUGAAGCUGAUGGACAAAGAAGGUGUUCCCGUCCGCAAAUCAACCGGUGUGGUUUGGGAGAACCUCAACAUCUCUGGCUCAGGAGCUGCAUUGCAGUACCAGAAAAAUGUUGGAUCGGUCCCGUUGGCGCCGUUCCGGCCUCAGGAAUACCUUUCUUGCGGGCGCCGUGCACCGCAGAAAAAGAUUCUGCGCAAUUUUGAUGGUGUUCUGGAGAGCAGCGAGCUGUUGAUUGUGCUUGGACGUCCUGGGAGUGGUUGCUCAACUUUCCUUAAAACCCUUUCUGGCGAGCUACACGGCUUGAAGCUGGAUAAGGAGUCGGAUAUCCAGUACAAUGGCAUUCCAAUGGAGAAGAUGCACAAGGAAUUCAAAGGAGAAGUCCUCUAUAACCAGGAGGUUGAUAAGCACUUUCCUCAUCUCACCGUCGGCCAGACUCUUGAGUUUGCUGCUGCUGCUAGGACUCCUGAACAUCGGUUGAAUGGGAUCAGUCGAACAUGUUACGCGAAACAUAUCACUCAGGUGGCCAUGGCUGUGUUGGGGUUGAGUCAUACAUACAACACCAAGGUUGGAGAUGACUACAUUCGCGGAGUAUCUGGAGGUGAGCGAAAGCGAGUCAGUAUUGCUGAGAUGGCACUUUCUGGAGCCCCAGUUGCAGCAUGGGAUAACAGUACCCGAGGCUUGGACUCUGCAAGUGCCUUGGAGUUUGCCAAAUCACUCAGAGUAUCCGCAAACCUGAUUGGCAGCUGCCACGCGGUUGCAAUCUAUCAAGCCUCGCAGGCAAUCUAUGAUAUCUUCGACAAGGUCAUUGUCUUGUAUGAAGGCCGAGAAAUCUUUUUCGGCCCUUGUAAUCAAGCCAAAGACUAUUUCUUGGAUAUGGGCUGGGAGUGUCCUGCGCGCCAAACAACCGGUGAUUUCUUGACCUCUGUCACCAAUCCACAGGAGCGUACCGCUCGUGAAGGGAUGGAGAACAAAGUUCCUCGCACUCCUGACGACUUUGAGAAGUACUGGAAAAACAGUUCUCAUUAUGCCGCACUUCAAAAACAUAUUUCUCAAUACCGAGAGGAGUAUCCGCUUGGAGGAGAGGCCGAAAGGAGCUUCAAUGAGACGAAGAGACUCCGGCAGGCAAAGCAUGUUCGGCCCAAGAGUCCAUAUGUCAUUUCGAUUUCGAUGCAGGUCAAGCUUUGUACGAAGAGAGCUUACCAACGAAUUUGGAAUGACAAGCCUUCCACAAUGACAACGGUCAUCGGACGUAUAGCCAUGUCCUUGAUUAUUGGAUCGAUUUAUUUUGGAACCCCCAACGCAUCGGCAGGAUUUCAAAGUAAAGGCGCAGCACUUUUCUUCUCGGUUCUAAUGAAUGCCCUCAUCAGUAUCACGGAGAUCAACUCUCUCUACGAUCAGCGACCAAUCGUUGAGAAGCAAGCAUCCUACGCCUUUGUCCAUCCAUUUACAGAAUCGCUAGGAGGAAUCGUCGCCGAUAUACCUGUCAAAUUCGUAUCAGCAGUCGUGUUCAACGUCAUUUUCUACUUUUUGGCCGGUCUACGAUACGAGCCCUCGCAAUUCUUCAUAUUCUUUCUCUUCACUUUCCUGAGCACUCUCGCAAUGUCAGGCGUAUUCCGAACAUUGGCAGCAUCUACAAAAACCCUUGCACAGGCCAUGUCCUUAGCUGGAGUGAUAGUCCUAGCAAUCGUCAUCUACACUGGCUUUGUGAUCACCGUACCUGAAAUGGUUGUUUGGUUUAGCUGGAUUCGAUGGAUCAAUCCAGUCUAUUACACCUUCGAAGCAUUGAUUGCAAACGAGUUCCAUGGCCGUCGCUUUACAUGUUCACGGUUUAUCCCUGCUUAUCCCAGUCUCACUGGAGAUUCAUUUAUAUGUGCCGUGCGAGGUGCUGUGGCGGGAGAACGGACUGUGUCCGGUGAUGCCUACAUUGAAACUCAGUAUAGGUAUACCUAUGCGCAUGAAUGGCGCAAUUUGGGGAUCUUGAUUGGGUUUUGGAUCUUUUUUGUAUCCCUGUAUCUGCUUGCCUCGGAGCUUAAUUCGUCUACCUCUUCGAAAGCUGAGUUCUUGGUUUUCCGUCGAGGCCAUGUUCCCGCUCAUCUGCGACACCUUAGGAACGGAGGAGGAAGCACCGGCUCAGCGGAGGUCAAGCAGGAAAAGCAUUCAGAAGCCGACAAAGAUACUUCUGCCAUUCCAGCUCAGCAUGAUAUCUUCACCUGGAGAAAUGUCUGCUAUGACAUCCCAGUCAAAGGGGGCGAACGACGUCUACUUGAUAAUGUCUCUGGCUGGGUCAAGCCCGGCACAUUAACAGCUCUGAUGGGUGUAUCGGGUGCCGGGAAAACGACUCUGCUUGAUGUUCUGGCUAAACGGGUCUCUAUUGGUGUUGUUACCGGGGAUAUGCUGGUCAACGGAAAAGCCCUCGAUGCCAGUUUUCAGAGGAAAACGGGCUAUGUUCAGCAACAGGACUUGCACCUUCCGACGGAUACUGUCAGGGAGGCACUUCGGUUCAGUGCUUUGUUGCGCCAGCCUAAGACUGUUUCCAAGAAAGAAAAAUAUGAUUACGUCGAAGAGGUCAUCGACAUGCUUGGUAUGCAGGAUUUUUCAGAUGCCAUCGUCGGCACACCUGGAGAAGGAUUGAACGUUGAGCAGAGGAAGUUGUUGACAAUUGGAGUCGAGUUGGCUGCAAAGCCUGCUCUUCUUAUUUUCCUCGAUGAGCCUACUAGCGGAUUGGACUCGCAAAGCUCAUGGGCUAUCUGCGCUUUCUUGCGAAAGCUAGCUGAACAUGGCCAGGCGGUUUUAUCGACGAUUCACCAGCCCAGUGCAUUGCUUUUCCAACAGUUUGAUCGUCUUCUGUUCCUCGCCAAGGGAGGAAGAACUGUCUACUUCGGUGAAAUCGGAGACCAGUCUCGGACUCUCCUGGACUACUUCGAGGGCAAUGGAGCCAGGACCUGUACUUCACAGGAAAACCCUGCGGAAUAUAUGCUUGAAAUCAUCGGUGCCGGCGCAUCUGGAAAGUCAACCCAAGACUGGGGUCAGGUAUGGAAACAAAGCCAAGAAGCCAGAGAUGUCCAAGCCGAGAUCGACCGCAUCCACGACGAGCGAGCCGCAGCAAACUCCAGCGAAGAAGGUGAAUCCCAGACAGGUGAAUACGCAAUGCCAUUUACCUCACAGUUAUGGCAAGUCACCUACCGAUCAUUCCAAGGUUUCUGGCGCGAACCAUCCUAUGUAUGGGCAAAGAUCAUGCUGGCAACGAUGUCCGGGCUAUUCAUCGGAUUCACCUUCUUCAAGCCAGACAUUUCUCUACAGGGGCUCCAGGAUGUCUUGUUCAGCGCUUUCAUGCUAACCUCAAUCUUCUCAACGCUCGUACAACAGAUCAUGCCCAAAUUCGUAGUUCAGCGUUCCCUCUACGAAGUACGCGAACGUCCCUCAAAAGCAUACUCCUGGGGCGCAUUCCUGAUAGCAAACGUCAUCGUCGAAAUCCCAUAUCAAAUCUUCAUUGGAGUCAUCAGCUGGGCAUGCUACUACUACCCGAUCUAUGGCUCAGCCCAAGCUUCCCAGCGCCAGGGCUUGAUGCUACUAUUCGUCGUUCAGUUCUAUAUUUUCACAUCUACUUUCGCAUCCCUUGUGAUCUCGUCCCUACCCGACGCCGAAACGGGUGGUACCAUUGCCACACUCUUGUUUAUCAUGGCCUUGACCUUCAACGGUGUUAUGCAACCGCCGAACGCCCUGCCCGGGUUCUGGAUCUUCAUGUACCGUGUCUCGCCGCUGACAUAUCUGAUUGCUGGCAUUACGGCGACGGGUUUGCAUGCUCGUCAGGUUCAUUGUGCGGAUGCUGAGCUUAGUGUCUUCAAUCCGCCUGCUGGGUUGUCCUGUGGUGCGUACCUUGAUCCGUAUGUCCAGGCUGCUGGUGGUCAGCUCUAUAAUCCUACUGCUAUGAGUGGAUGUCAGUUCUGUCAGCUGCAGAAUGCGGAUCAGUAUUUGUCUUCCAGUAAUAUCUUCUACAGUGAACGCUGGCGCAAUUUCGGUCUCGGCUGGGCCUAUAUCGGUUUCAAUGUGGCUGGUACUGUUCUGCUCUACUACAUGUUCCGUGUUAAGCAUUACAACCCUACCUCAUUGGUGCGCGGUAUUGGACGGGGCGCUUCGUUCUUGUGUCGGGUCUUUAAGCGGCGAUCUGGACAGACGCCUAAGGGCAAGGAGGCGGAUAAUGGUCGGUUGGUUUGA